GCCGCUGUCUUCAAAGUACCGCUGCCUUGAUUCCUCAAGCAUAAUGAGCGAGCUUCUCGAGUUCCUGCGAACUCACGAUGAAGCAUUUCGUAGCCGCGCCCGACUUGCUUCUCUCUACAGCGAUUUCCGCUUUCAACGCACCACAAAUCACGAUGGCUACAUAGCCAACUCAUCCGCGUGGCUCCGCGCCUUAUCUUCAGCAGCCAAAGCAGGCCUGGUACCUUCACCCACCGGACAAGCAGGCGGGAACAGCAGAUUCGUGAUUGAGAGUGGAGAGCCUUUGCUGCGAGAGCUGAACACACAAGAGUACGGGAGACCGCUCGCCUUGGGCGCUGUAUUGGAAGACGCCGUGAACAGUAAAGCCCUCGUGCCGCUGAAGGAUUUCCUGGAAAAGAAAGAAUCGCUCUAUCAUAAAAGCUGGAUCCCCACGCCAUGGCAGGUCGUCAGUUGGGGCCUACGCCAAUUAGGCGUGGUUGGAGGUGCGAGCAGCGAGGACAAAUUGGUCAAGGGGAGUUUCGUGGUAGUCGCCAAUGUGGAAGCUGCGGCAAAAGCUGUUGUUGAAAAGGCCAACAAAACAGCUACCAGUGAUUCCGAGCGCAUCUUCUCCCGGGAGCUCUUCGACACCACAUUCUCCGAAACACUGGGCGUGAGCACUCUCAGUCCCAAUGACAUGAACGUCCUCAUUACACAUCUGUCCCGUGACCGCGACGCUAUUGUCUACGAUCCUACCUCUGGAGUCAUCAAAUUUGCAGCCUCUGGCCAACAACACGCGACUCCAAUCACGAAAGAAGACAUUUCAAUCGCUUCUCUGCGCUCUCUCAUCUCGUCGCUCCAGCCCCAGAUCGACCACCUCACAGCACAAAUCCACACUCUCGACAUCCGAGCCCGAAGCGCGGUAACGGAGAAACACCUUCUACAAGCCAAGACUGCCCUUCGACAGAAGAAAGCCGCUACGACGAAAUUAGAACAACGAACAGCUACACUCGCCCAAUUGGAAGAUGUAUAUGCGAAGAUCGAACAAGCUGCUGAUCAAGUUCAGAUUGUGAGGGUGCUGGAACAGAGUGGACAGGCUUUGAAAGCCUUGAACCAAAAGACGGGCGGAGUAGAGAAGGUCCAAGAUGUCAUGGAGGGGUUGAGGAAUGAUAUGAUGGAUACCGAGGAGAUUGGGAAUGCGAUCAGUGAGGUCGCGAUGGGCGAGGUCGAUGAAGGUGAAGUCGAGGAUGAGUUGGAGGCGCUGGAGAGUGUAGAGAGGGAGAAGGUUGAGGCGAAGGAGAGAGCCGAAAGGGAAAAGAGAGAGCAAGUCGAGAAGGAGGAGGCGAUGAAGAGAGAGGCCGAAGAAGCGGAGAAGACAAGGCUGAGGUUAGCUGAGUUGGAUGCGAUCGCGCAAAAGGAGCCUGAGCCGAAGGAGACUGAAGCGCAGAAGGAGGCGAAUUGAAUUUGCUUGUGUUCAGCUCGAUACAGACGAGAGCAUCCUGGACUCGGCAUGGAGACGUGCCCGCGUGCAUACUUCUGGUUGUUGUUCGUCAUUCAGCGUGGUGUCUGGUGUUCCUUGCGGCAUGGCAUGGUAUAGCACGAAAGAGAAGACAAAUUCGAAGCGAAGAUCUCGCGUAUACAACUGGCAACAUUGAAAACCACGCACAAAUCAUCUCUUUCUUAGAUGGAAAAACAAGGGAAACAAAGGAAAAGAAUCAUCGAAGCUGACCUGACGUACGCUACAGACCCAUUCCAUCUUCUUUGCACGACGAACUGGAGAUUCCGAUCUUGAAAUCGCCUACGACAUCACUCACGCCUCUGAGAUUUCUUCUAUCCCCGCCGGUAUGGAAAAGAAAGUGUCGAGACGCGGAAUUUGGGACCAGGAAAGCUUCCGAAAUGGCUACCUUACCUUCUUGUUCCCAAGGUGGCUGGGGAAGGUAGGUGUGCUAGAUGUUUGGAUGGACCCUUUCUGGGUUUGCCAAGAUGUGUGUGCGAGAGAGAAAAUAGACACGGUCAUAAUUUUCUCUUUAUUCUCCUUUUUGCUGACACAUUUUUCUACGGGAAUAUCGGGACUUGAGAUUACAUGGAAUAUUUCAAGGAUGCGAAAGUGAAAAUGCUAGUAAACAGAACGGGAAGGGCACGAGGGGUGUGUGUGGAGCAUAUGGGGGAGUCGAGGACUGGAUGAUGGCAUCUUUCUUGCGCACCAGAGGGCAAGGUGCGCGAGUAUCUGUGGAGGAAUUUGAAAGUUCUACGGAUCCAGUGGCUUGCAG